AUGUUGGCACCUUUGGAUCUAGGCUUCGAUUGGCCAUCUGAACAAGGCAUGGCAGCUAUUGCCUACUCUUCAUAUUCACCACUGGCCCUUCGCGAUAUACCCCAGCCGAAACCAAACGAUGCGCCAUCCGACUUAGACACUUCUAUCUUUACAUUUGAGGAUGCAUUUGAAGACCUCCUUGCUGUUUCUCAAGGGCAACCGCUUCCAGAUAUUAGAUCCCGAUAUGAACAGCGAAAGCUCUUGCGAUCCAUGUUCCCAACCGGUGAGCCGGCCUACUUCUGGCUACGCAGAUUGAGAUCGCAGGGUCUCUUGGAAGAAUCCACACCUACCAGGUUGAUGAAGUCUAUUACGGAAAAGAACUGGGAACGCUUCCACCAAGAACUCGAUCGCAGCGCUCAAGCAGUAUGGCGAGCCGCACUGGGUGAAGACGAGGAUGAGGACUCAUCGAACUUCCACGGGCAUCAUGACCAAAGUAAACGAGACGUUGCGAUGGGUAGCCAGCAGCGAAAUGAAAAGAGGUUUGACUCAGACCAAGAUGAUCACACUCAUCAUGAUACUGAGCUCCUUCGCGAUGAACUUCACGGAAGUCAAAAUAGCCGACGGGAAGCUGAACAUUUUGAGGACCUAUUCUCUGCCAUCCAAUCCUCUUUUGCUAACGGUCAAUCCGCGUGGGAUUCCUUUGUCAAGUUUAUCAACGAGGAUCCCGCUGCGCCCUUGAGCAAAGAGCACAGACAGUUACAAAAACCUGCAGACGAUGAGAAGCAGGUUGUUACCAAAGAUGAAUAUGUUGAUCGGUUCGGCUACCUGCAUACUAAGACACUGGUCAAGACGCUGGAUGAGAAUGGCAACGAGGUUGGAAGCCAUAGCCACUAUACGGUUCGACCAGCCCCGAAGGACAACGAGACCGGUCGAAUCGAAGAGGAAGGCAAGGAUGAACGAGAACCCAGCUUGAAGUUGAAUGGAAGUCUCGAGACCAACAAAGGUUGGUUUUGGAAGUAA